AUGUAUGCUCCCUGUGCAAAAGCGUGUCUGCUGGAUGAUCGCGAUGUUAAAACAAAGCUUGCCCGUACGGUGAAAUUCUACAAUGGUGUUAAAGUACCCAUCGUAGGACUAGGCACUGCAAAUUUAGAAGCGCACAUUACAACGCGUUGUAUAAAGGACGCUAUCGAUGCUGGCAUACGGCAUAUAGACUGUGCGCCAAUCUUUUGCAAUCAAGAAGAGGUUGGACAAGCAAUAAAGGAGAAAAUCGCUGAGGGUCUCAUAAAAAGAGAACAGCUUUACAUAUCCAGCAAGCUUUGGGAUUCACGGCACGGUCCAAAAUGGGUGCGCCGCUCAUUAGAGGAAACCCUAAAGCAAUUGCAAGUAGAUUAUCUCGAUAAUUAUGUCAUGCACACACCCAUGGGUUUCAAAGAUGGUUUUGAAAAUUACCCACGCAAUAAUAGAGGUGAAAUCUUGUUCUCGGAUGUCGAUUAUGUAGACACAUGGCGUGUAAUGGAGACUUUGGUGGACGAUGGGCUUGUACGUUCAAUUGGUCUGGCCAAUUUUAAUGAAGAGCAAAUCGUACGCCUACUGGGAGUGGCACGUAUACCGCCGGCAAACCUACAGGUGGAAUGUCAUCCGUAUUUGACACAAACGAAAUUAAUGGAUUUAUGCUGUAACCAUAAUAUCAUUUUUAUGGCUUGCAAUCCAACCGGACCGAGUAAGAGGCAUAGCAAUAUCGUACCACUUAAGAGUAAUCCGAAAAUCUUAUGUUUGGUAAAGAAAUACGGUAAAAACACUGCUGAGAUAUUAAUCCGGUACCAAGUGCAACGCGGCAACGUUGUAUUGCCGCGAACAACUCAAAAAGACCAUAUGAUACAAAAUGUAAUGAUUGAAAGUUUUAAACUAUGCCCGAAGGAUUUUGAAAUGCUUGAAUUGAUGAAUUGCAACUUCCGAAAUAAUACGCUUGCUUAG